GGCAGCAUCGGAGGGGGGUCGGGAGGAGGAGGAGGAGGCAGCGGCAGAGAAGAGAGAGGCGUGUGAGCCGCACUCCACCAGCUAGCUCCUUCCUGCUGCUCCUGCCUGGCAGUGCCAGGCAGCUCACACCAGCAUGGCCCUGCUCAUCCACCUCAAGACGGUCUCGGAGCUGCGGGGCAGGGGAGACCGGAUCGCCAAAGUGACUUUCCGAGGGCAAUCCUUCUACUCCCGGGUCCUGGAGAACUGUGAGGAUGUGGCUGACUUUGACGAGACGUUUCGGUGGCCAGUGGCCAGCAGCAUUGACAGAAAUGAGAUGCUGGAGAUUCAGGUUUUCAACUACAGCAAAGUCUUCAGCAACAAGCUCAUCGGGACCUUCCGUAUGGUGCUGCAGAAGGUGGUAGAGGAGAGCCAUGUGGAGGUGACUGACACGCUGAUUGAUGACAACAAUGCUAUCAUCAAGACCAGCCUGUGCGUGGAGGUCCGGUAUCAGGCCACCGAUGGCACGGUGGGCUCCUGGGAUGAUGGGGACUUCCUGGGAGAUGAGUCUCUUCAAGAGGAAGAGAAGGACAGCCAAGAGACGGAUGGACUGCUCCCAGGCUCCCGGCCCAGCUCCCGGCCCCCCGGAGAGAAGAGCUUCCGGAGCAAAGGCAGAGAGAAGACCAAGGGAGGCAGAGAUGGCGAGCACAAAGCCGGGAGGAGCGUGUUCUCCGCCAUGAAGCUCGGCAAAAACAGGUCCCACAAGGAGGAGACCCAAAGACCAGAUGAACCAGCAGUGCUGGAGAUGGAAGACCUUGACCAUCUGGCCAUUCGGCUAGGGGAUGGACUGGAUCCCGACUCGGUGUCUCUAGCCUCAGUCACAGCUCUCACCACUAAUGUCUCCAACAAGCGAUCUAAGCCAGACAUUAAGAUGGAGCCAAGUGCUGGGCGGCCCAUGGAUUACCAGGUCAGCAUCACGGUGAUCGAGGCCCGGCAGCUGGUGGGCUUGAACAUGGACCCCGUGGUGUGCGUGGAGGUGGGCGACGACAAGAAGUACACGUCCAUGAAGGAGUCCACUAACUGCCCCUAUUACAACGAGUACUUCGUCUUCGACUUCCAUGUCUCUCCUGAUGUCAUGUUCGACAAGAUCAUCAAGAUUUCGGUGAUUCACUCCAAGAACCUGCUACGCAGUGGUACCCUGGUGGGCUCCUUCAAAAUGGACGUGGGAACCGUGUACUCGCAGCCAGAGCACCAGUUCCAUCACAAGUGGGCCAUCCUGUCAGACCCCGACGACAUCUCCUCGGGGCUGAAGGGCUACGUGAAGUGUGACGUCGCCGUGGUGGGCAAAGGGGACAACAUCAAGACGCCCCACAAGGCCAAUGAGACCGACGAAGAUGACAUUGAGGGGAACUUGCUGCUCCCCGAGGGGGUGCCCCCCGAACGCCAGUGGGCCCGGUUCUAUGUGAAAAUUUACCGAGCAGAGGGGCUGCCCCGUAUGAACACAAGCCUCAUGGCCAAUGUAAAGAAGGCUUUCAUCGGUGAAAACAAGGACCUCGUGGACCCCUAUGUGCAAGUCUUCUUUGCUGGCCAGAAGGGCAAGACUUCCGUGCAGAAGAGCAGCUAUGAGCCCCUGUGGAAUGAGCAGGUGGUCUUUACAGACCUCUUUCCCCCACUCUGCAAACGCAUGAAGGUGCAGAUCCGAGACUCGGACAAGGUCAAUGACGUGGCCAUCGGCACCCACUUCAUUGACCUGCGCAAGAUUUCUAAUGAUGGAGACAAAGGCUUCCUGCCCACACUGGGUCCAGCCUGGGUGAACAUGUACGGCUCCACACGUAACUACACGCUGCUGGACGAGCACCAGGACCUGAACGAGGGCCUGGGGGAGGGUGUGUCCUUCCGGGCCCGGCUCCUGCUGGGCCUGGCCGUGGAGAUCCUGGACACCUCCAACCCUGAGCUUACCAGCUCCACAGAGGUGCAGGUGGAGCAGGCCACGCCCAUCUCGGAGAGCUGUGCAGGGAAAAUGGAAGAAUUCUUUCUCUUUGGAGCCUUCCUGGAGGCCUCAAUGAUUGACCGGAGAAAUGGAGACAAGCCCAUCACCUUUGAGGUCACCAUAGGCAACUAUGGGAACGAAAUUGAUGGCCUGUCCCGGCCCCAGCGGCCUCAGCCCCGGAAGGAGCCUGGGGAUGAGGAAGAAGUAGACCUGAUUCAGAACUCGAGUGACGACGAGGCCAGCGAUGGCGGGGACCUGGCCUCAGUCUCCUCCACCCCACCAAUGCGGCCCCUGGUCACCGACAGGAACUACUUCCAUCUGCCCUACCUGGAGCGAAAGCCCUGCAUCUACAUCAAGAGCUGGUGGCCGGACCAGCGCCGCCGCCUCUACAAUGCCAGCAUCAUGGACCACAUCGCUGACAAGCUGGAAGAAGGCCUGAACGACGUACAGGAGAUGAUCAAAACGGAGAAGUUCUACCCUGAGCGUCGCCUGCGGGGCGUCCUGGAGGAGCUGAGCUGUGGCUGUUGCCGCUUCCUCUCCCUCGCUGACAAGGAUCAGGGCCACUCAUCCCGCACCAGGCUUGACCGGGAGCGCCUCAAGUCCUGCAUGAGGGAGCUGGAAAGCAUGGGGCAGCAGGCCAGGACCCUGCGGGCCCAGGUGAAGCGGCACACGGUGCGGGACAAGCUGAGGCUGUGCCAGAACUUCCUGCAGAAGCUGCGCUUCCUGGCAGACGAGCCCCAGCACAGCAUUCCGGACAUCUUCAUCUGGAUGAUGAGCAACAACAAGCGUAUCGCCUAUGCCCGUGUGCCCUCCAAGGACCUGCUCUUCUCCAUCGUGGAGGAGGAGACCGGCAAGGACUGCGCCAAGGUCAAGACGCUCUUCCUCAAGUUGCCAGGGAAGCGAGGCUUCGGCUCGGCAGGCUGGACAGUGCAGGCCAAGGUGGAGCUGUACCUGUGGCUGGGCCUCAGCAAACAGCGCAAGGACUUCCUGUGCGGCCUGCCCUGUGGCUUCCAGGAGGUCAAGGCGGCCCAGGGCCUGGGCCUGCACGCCUUCCCGCCCGUCAGCCUGGUCUACACCAAGAAGCAGACGUUCCAGCUCCGAGCCCACAUGUACCAGGCCCGCAGCCUCUUUGCCGCCGACAGCAGCGGACUCUCAGACCCCUUCGCCCGCGUCUUCUUCAUCAAUCAGAGUCAGUGCACAGAGGUGUUGAAUGAGACCCUGUGUCCCACCUGGGACCAGAUGCUGGUGUUCGACAAUCUGGAGCUCUAUGGCGAAGCUCAUGAGCUGAGGGACGAUCCGCCCAUCAUUGUCAUUGAAAUCUACGACCAGGAUUCCAUGGGCAAAGCUGACUUCAUGGGCCGGACUUUCGCCAAGCCCCUGGUGAAGAUGGCAGAUGAGGCGUACUGCCCACCCCGCUUCCCGCCCCAGCUCGAGUACUACCAGAUCUACCGUGGCAAUGCCACAGCUGGAGACCUGCUGGCGGCCUUUGAGCUGCUGCAGAUUGGGCCAGCAGGGAAGGCUGACCUGCCCCCGAUCAACGGUCCGGUGGACGUGGACCGAGGUCCCAUCAUGCCUGUGCCUGUGGGCAUCCGGCCCGUGCUCAGCAAGUACCGAGUGGAGGUGCUGUUCUGGGGCCUACGGGACCUAAAGCGGGUGAACCUGGCCCAGGUGGACCGGCCACGGGUGGACAUCGAGUGUGCAGGGAAGGGGGUGCAGUCAUCCCUGAUCCACAAUUAUAAGAAGAACCCCAACUUCAACACCCUCGUCAAGUGGUUUGAAGUGGACCUCCCAGAGAACGAGCUGCUGCACCCGCCCUUGAACAUCCGCGUGGUGGACUGCCGGGCCUUCGGUCGCUACACACUGGUGGGCUCCCAUGCCGUCAGCUCCCUACGACGCUUCAUCUACCGGCCCCCAGACCGCUCGGCCCCCAGCUGGAACACCACGGGGGAGGUCGUGGUGAACAUGGAGCCAGAGGUACCCAUCAAGAAACUGGAGACCAUGGUGAAGCUGGAUGCGACUUCUGAAGCUGUUGUCAAAGUGGAUGUGGCUGAGGAGGAGAAGGAGAAGAAGAAGAAGAAGAAGGGCACUGCAGAGGAGCCGGAGGAGGAGGAGCCAGAUGAGAGCAUGCUGGACUGGUGGUCCAAGUACUUUGCCUCCAUUGACACCAUGAAGGAGCAACUUCGACAACAGGAGCCCUCUGGAAUUGACUUGGAGGAGAAGGAGGAGGUGGACAACACUGAGGGCCUGAAGGGGUCAGUGAAGGGCAAGGAGAAGGCAAGGGCUGCCAAAGAGGAGAAGAGGAAGAAAACCCAGAGCUCUGGCUCUGGCCAGGGGUCUGAGGCCCCUGAGAAGAAGAAACCUAAGAUUGAUGAGCUUAAGGUGUACCCUAAAGAGCUGGAGUGCGAGUUCGAUAACUUUGAGGACUGGCUGCACACUUUCAACCUGCUUCGGGGCAAGACCGGGGAUGACGAGGAUGGCUCCACUGAGGAGGAGCGCAUUGUGGGACGCUUCAAGGGCUCCCUCUGCGUGUACAAAGUGCCACUCCCAGAGGACGUGUCCCGGGAAGCUGGCUACGACCCCACCUACGGCAUGUUCCAGGGCAUCCCCAGCAAUGACCCCAUCAAUGUGCUGGUCCGAGUCUAUGUGGUCCGGGCCACGGACCUGCACCCCGCCGACAUCAACGGCAAAGCUGACCCCUACAUCGCCAUCCGGCUAGGCAAGACCGACAUCCGCGACAAGGAGAACUACAUCUCCAAGCAGCUCAACCCUGUGUUUGGGAAGUCCUUUGACAUCGAGGCCUCCUUCCCCAUGGAAUCCAUGCUGACGGUGGCUGUGUAUGACUGGGACCUGGUGGGCACUGAUGACCUCAUUGGGGAAACCAAGAUCGACCUGGAAAACCGCUUCUACAGCAAGCACCGCGCCACCUGCGGCAUCGCCCAGACCUACUCCACACACGGCUACAAUAUCUGGCGGGACCCCAUGAAGCCCAGCCAGAUCCUGACCCGCCUCUGCAAAGACAGCAAAGUGGACGGCCCCCACUUUGGGCCCCCCGGAAGAGUGAAGGUGGCCAACCGCGUCUUCACCGGGCCCUCUGAGAUUGAAGACGAGAACGGUCAGAGGAAGCCCACGGACGAGCACGUGGCGCUGUCAGCCCUGAGGCACUGGGAGGACAUCCCCCGCGCAGGCUGCCGCCUGGUGCCAGAGCACGUGGAGACCAGGCCGCUGCUCAACCCCGACAAGCCGGGCAUCGAGCAGGGCCGCCUGGAGCUGUGGGUGGACAUGUUCCCCAUGGACAUGCCAGCCCCUGGGACGCCUCUGGACAUCUCCCCUCGGAAGCCCAAGAAGUACGAGCUGCGGGUCAUCAUCUGGAACACGGAUGAGGUGGUCUUGGAGGACGACGACUUCUUCACAGGGGAGAAGUCCAGUGACAUCUUCGUGAGGGGGUGGCUGAAGGGCCAGCAGGAGGACAAGCAGGACACAGACGUCCACUACCACUCCCUCACUGGCGAGGGCAACUUCAACUGGCGCUACCUGUUCCCCUUCGACUACCUGGCAGCGGAGGAGAGGAUCGUCAUCUCCAAGAAGGAGUCCAUGUUCUCCUGGGAUGAGACCGAGUACAAGAUCCCCGCGCGGCUCACCCUGCAGAUCUGGGAUGCGGACCACUUCUCUGCCGACGACUUCCUGGGGGCCAUUGAGCUGGACCUGAACCGGUUCCCGCGGGGCGCAAAGACAGCCAAGCAGUGCACCAUGGAGAUGGCCACCGGUGAGGUGGACGUGCCCCUGGUGUCCAUCUUCAAGCAAAAGCGCGUCAAAGGCUGGUGGCCCCUCCUGGCCCGCAAUGAGAACGAUGAGUUUGAGCUCACGGGUAAGGUGGAAGCUGAGUUGCAUUUACUGACAGCAGAGGAGGCGGAGAAGAACCCAGUGGGCCUGGCCCGCAAUGAACCUGACCCCCUAGAGAAACCCAACCGGCCCGACACGGCCUUCGUCUGGUUCCUCAACCCUCUCAAGUCCAUCAAGUACCUCAUCUGCACCCGGUACAAGUGGCUCAUCAUCAAGAUUGUGCUGGCGCUGCUGGGGCUGCUCAUGUUGGGCCUCUUCCUCUACAGCCUCCCUGGCUACAUGGUCAAAAAGCUCCUUGGGGCAUGAAGGCCGCCAGCUCCUGCUAGCCACUCCCUGGCCCUGCCACAUUUCCUUGCAGUGGCUUGGACUCUUUCCCAUCUCCCCUGGGCAGCCUGAGGAGCCCAGUGUCCACUCUUCAUGUCUUGGGCCCAGAGCCUGCCUCCUGUUUGUGGGGCCGCCUGUCCUCACUGCCCCAGGCUGCGGCUUGCCCAGUCCUGCCCCUCUGACCCCUGCCUGUGGGCUGGGGAGCCUUGGAUGGGGUGGGAACCUGGAAUGGGUCUAUCUUGCCCCAUCUGGCUGAGGCACCACCCUUCUUCAGGCCCAGGCUCCAGAGGAAGCCUCCUGAAACCUUCCCCAGGUCUUCCAAGUACAGGAUUGAAGCUUUAGUGAAAUUAACCAAGGACCAGGGGUCAGUACCCAGGGCUUUGAAAAGAAUGAACGAGUAAAAGGUAUCCCCGCCGUGUCCCCUUCAGAUAGCACUGGUCUUUGAUCCACAACAGGGGCCAGACCCUGUCCACAAGUCCCAGGGUGGCUGUGCUGUCACUGCUGGGCUCCACUUGGCUCCUCUCGCUUCCCAGGGCGUCGCCUGUCCUGCCUGUGCAUUUCCAUAGCUUCCAGAGCUCCCUCUGCCCCAGCCAGUGCCCCCAAGCCCAGCUGAGGAGCUGUGAGGAGCAGCAGAGGGGACUCCCCAUCCUGGGCACACCCUGCCCUCCCACCCCUGCCCCCCUUGCCCUUCCAGCCCUUUCAGCUGCAGCUGGGAGCUGGCCCAUCAAGUGCUGUCCCUGCCUGUGUCUGGGUUUCUGUUGGCUGUUUUUCUUGAGUGAUUUUUCUCUAAAUAAAAGAAGUCAAGCACUGA